AUGUCCAAACCAAACGACAUUGGCAGUUAUAUAACUUCACUCUUUUCAAGUAAACCUUCCGCAGCGCAUGAUUCCAAGAAAACAAAACAAACAAAGAAGAAAACAAAUUCCGAAGUUUCAUCCAGAAAUGCAACCACUUCCUUGUCGAAUCAACAGGAGUCCACAUCGGACAACAAUGCCAUGAUGGACGAUGAUAAUUAUCAUUCUGUCAAUAAUCAUAAUAAUAACAAUGGAUCAACUACAUCUCCAAAUCGUCACCGCUCGAAAAAAGUAGUAUUAAUGACUUCAUUAGAACAAGCAAGGACAGCCAAUUCUCUUGUCGAUUGGAAGGAUCGAACUAAUCAAGGCAAAAUUUUGCUCGAAUUUGGAAAUUCAGAAAUUGAGACACUCCCCAGCAUUGAUAGUGAAGUGAAAAUUGUAAAACCCACAAAAUCUGGCUCUGUCAAGUACAUGUAUGACAAAUUGCACAAACAAUCAAAUGUAUUGCUCGAUCGAUUAGAAGAGGUCGGGUCUAAGAUUUUGGAAUAUUAUGGAUUUGAAUCUUCCAAACCAUUGAACUAUUACUCUGACCAAACAGAAAUAUAUAUUGGAAGAAUUUUAUCAGAGACUGUUGGUGGAGAUGACCAGUUAAACUCUUCUUCCAUCUUAUUAGAAGGAUUAGCAAAUGCUGAAACCUCUGAUUGUAAAAUUGUGAAAUUGAACUUUGAAAAGUUUUCACUUGAAUCAUCCAAAGCUCAAACGUUGUUCCCUGGCCAAAUCGUUGCAGUGAAAGGUCUCAUGACCGUGCAGUUUUUGAGAGUUGAAAAGAUCUACACAGGAGCCCCUCUAUUGCAUAAAUCUUUGUCAGCAGAAGAAACACACAAGACAACAGAUAAAACAAAAGCUGACAAGUCCAAACUCAAAAUUAUGGCUGCUUGUGGUCCUUUCACACUUCGACACAAUAUUUUAUAUAAUCCACUCAAGGAUCUUGUCACACUCGUAGAUACAAUUGAACCAAAUGUUUUGAUAUUGAUUGGUCCUUUCCUGAGCGAUGACAAUGCUUUAGUCAAUUCUGGGUUUUUGGAAGAGACUUUUGACGAAGUUUUUGAAGAAAGAGUUUUGGAGAGACUAAGAUCCAUUGAAACGAAUUGUAAGGUAAUCUUGAUUCCUUCAUUGAAAGAUGUAAAUAGUGAUUUUGUUUUCCCACAACCUCCUCUUGACGUUUCUGAUAACAAGAUACAGAGCUUUUCGAAUCCAUGCACCUUUACUGUAUCGUCUUCAUCUGGAGAUGUGAAAAUUGGGGUCACUUCCAUUGAUGUCAUCAAAGAUAUUAAGGAAAAGGAAUAUACAUUUGGUUAUGUAGAGGAUCAAACACAACAUUUAUACAAGACUGUUCUCGAGCAAGGAUACUAUUAUCCCAGAAUGCUGCCAACAGAAGAUGUGCCCUUGGAUUAUUCACUUGCACACGGAACUAAAACUUCUCUCAAAAUUGAAGACUCUCCUGAUCUUUUAAUAUUACCCUCAGAUCAAUCGAGUCAGUUUUGCACAGUGAUUGACCAAACACUUGUGAUCAAUCCAACCAGACUUUGCUGCAAUGAGAAUAGAAAAGAAGGUAGUUAUGCCAUCAUUGAGAUUGUUGCCAAUGAUACAUCGUCGCUACCCUUGGACAAGAGAAUGCAUGUCCAAAUCGUCAACAUUUAA